AUGAGAAUACGUUUUAUUUGUGGUUUUUCUUACCAAACUCUGAUUGAUAUUCUUCUGUUGUUCACCCCACUUGUCUUCUUUUACACUCUCUCCCUUUUCAUCUCUCUCUCUCUCUCUCUCUCUCUCUCUUUGCUUCUACCUAUCUCUUUUCAUUUAUACACUUUUUAUUUCCCCCUUUUUCACUCGCUAUCUUUGAACUUUUCUCUUUUUUCCUCUCUCUUAUAUCCAUAUAUCUUUUUCUGUUUUCUCUUCAUUUUUUCCUUUCUAUCAUCCUCUCUCGUUUCCCUCGCUUUUUCUCCCCACUGUCAUUUCCUCGCACCCUUUAUCCUCCAUCUCUCAUUUAUUUCGCUAUAUUUAUCCCAUCAAUGCCUUCUUUCAAUAUAUUUUCUCCUCUGCCCAUUUUUUUUUUUCACUGUUUCUAUCCUCUCUCUUUUCUUCCCUUUAUCGUUUGUUUCGCCAUUUUUUUUCUCACAUUCCGGUUUCUUUUGUUCUUUUUUUUUCUUCUGUCUUGCUUCUUCUCUCUCGUUUCUUUCGUUUUAUUUCUCCCUCCUUUCGUUUCUUUCACUCUAUUUUGCCCCUCUUCGUUUAUUCCGCCCUCUCUCCUCUAUUUCCUUCCCUUUUCAUUUCUUUUGCUAUUUCCCCCCAUUCUCGUUAAUUCCUAUCUUUUUCUCUCCUUCGUUUUCUUUUGCUCUAUUUCUCGUUACUUUUGCUUCUGUUUCCCUCCGCUCUCUCUCUCUCUCUUUCUUUCAUGUCUGA